AUGCCACUGAGCCUGGUCACGGUGAGCUCAGUGCGGCCCCUGGUCACGGUGAGCUCAGUGCGGCCCCUGGUCACGGUGAGCACAGUGCGGCCCCUGGUCACGGUGAGCUCAGUGCGGCCCCUGGUCACGUGCGGGAGCCUGGUCACGGUGAGCUCAGUGCGGGAGCCUGGUCACGGUGAGCUCAGUGCGGGGCCUGGUCACGGUGAGCUCAGUGCGGAGAGCCUGGUCACGGUGAGCUCAGUGCGGGAGCCUGGUCACGGUGAGCUCAGUGCGAGCCUGGUCACGGUGAGCACAGUGCGGCCCCUGGUCACGUGCGGGAGCCUGGUCACGGUGAGCUCAGUGCGGCUCCUGGUCACGGUGAGCUCAGUGCGGCCCCUGGUCACGGUGAGCUCAGUGCGGCCCCUGGUCACGGGGAGCACAGUGCGGGAGCCUGGUCACGGGCAACAUGUCAACAAGAUACUCAGCAUUCAGAAAGCCUUGACAAGUCCACAUGUCAACCAUGAGAAGGUGGCAGGAGGAGGAGAUUAA